UGCGCCGACACUGGACGAGUCAGAAGCAUCCACACGUGUACUGUGUUGACUGUCAAUGUCUCCGGGACUCCAAUUCCCGGAAGCUGUGAGUUCUAAGAGAAGUUCCCGCACUUGGUGCCCAAAUUCUGCGAAUUCCCAACCAUGAGCAUCCCCGGAGUGCUGUCCUUUACCCAGCAAGCCUGGGAGCAGGUGCUGGCCAAAGUGAAACGGGCCGUAGUCUACCUGGACGCCGCCAGCGCGGAAAGCCUGCACUGGGGCUGCGGGUCCUCGCGACUGUUGGAGGCGGUGGGGAGCCCUGCGUGUUACCUCAGGGAGUUCGAGCCCGCUGCAGUUGGUGGCGGAGCCGACCAGCCCAAGGCGGUGUUUGUACUGAGCUGCCUGCUGAAAGGCCGGACCGUGGAGACCCUACGGGAUAUCAUCUGUCGCAGUCACUUCCAGUAUUGUGUGGUGGUCACGGCUGUGAACCAUGCAGUCCACCUCACAGCUAAUCACGUGCCGGCGGCCGCAGCGGCAGAGCUGGAAGGGCAGCAGCCGGUGUUCGAGCAACUGGAGGAGAAGCUGUGCGAGUGGAUGGGCAACAUGAACUACACCGCUGAAGUGCUGCACAUCCCGUUGUUACUCGCUCCUGUUGCUCCCCACCUUGCCUUGACUCCAGCUUUUGCUUCCCUUUUCCCACUAUUACCCCAAGAUGUGCAUAUCCUCAACCGUGCCCGACCGGAUAAGAGGAGACUAGGAAGCCUGAGUGAGGUGGAUGCCACUGCCCUCACCCCUGAGCUGCUGCUGCAGAUCAGGUGCCUAGUGUCAGGCCUCAGUUCCCUGUGUGAGCAUUUAGGGGUACGGGAGGAGUGUUUUGCUGUAGGUUCCCUCAGUCGAAUUAUCGCUGCAGAUCUGGCCAAUUUUGCUCCCGCCAAGAACAGGAGGAAGACUGCCACAGGCAGGGCAUCAGUGGUCUUUGUGGACAGAACUCUGGAUCUCACAGGAGCCGUCGGACACCAUGGAGACAACUUGGUAGAGAAGAUUAUUUCGGUGCUUCCCCAGCUUCCAGGCCACACCAAUGAUGUGAUGGUGAACAUGGUAGAACUCACCGCGCUCCAGGCUGAGGAGGAGAAUCAGAAUAUGGUUGCACCUGGCUGUCUUGCACAAUCCAAUGACCCCACAGCCAAAGCCCUGUGGGAAGCCUUACUGAACACCAAGCACAAAGAGGCAGUGAUGGAAGUCCGGAGACAUCUAGUGGAAGCAGCCAGCAGAGAAAACCUGCCAAUCAAGAUGAGUAUGGGGAGAGUCACUCCGGGGCAGCUCACGUCCUAUAUCCAGCUCUUCAAGAACAACCUCAAAGCCCUAGGGAAUCACUGUGGGCUCCUGCAGCUUGGGCUGGCCACCAUUCAAACUCUGAAACACCCGCAGACUGCCAAGUGGGACAACUUUCUGGCUUUUGAAAGGCUCCUUCUCCAGAGCAUUGGGGAGUCGACAAUGUCCGUUGUGUUAAAUCAGCUGCUGCCCAUGAUUAAGCCUUCAAACCAGAGGACCAGCGAUGACUACAGCCCUGGAGAGUUGCUGGUCCUUCUGGUAUAUAUUUAUUCUGUCAGUGGAGAGCUUUCAGUGGACAAAGACCUGGGUGAAGCUGAAGAGAAAGUGAAGAAAGCGUUGGCUCAGGUCUUUUGUGAGGAGUCUGAGUUGUCACCUUUGCUGCAAAAAAUCACAGGCUGUGACUCUGCAAUUAACCUGACAUUGCCCAAAUCCAAAAGCGCUGUGGAUGAACUCUUCACUUCUCUUCGGGAUAUUGCUGGAGCUCGGAGUCUCAUGAAACAGUUUAAGUCCGUAUAUGUUCCUGGAAAUCAUACCCACCAGGCAUCCUAUAAGCCAUUGUUGAAGCAGGUCAUGGAGGAAAUAUUUAAUCCAGAGAGGCCAGAUCCAGUUGACAUUGAACACAUGUCUUCAGGCCUCACUGAUCUCCUUAAAACUGGAUUUAGCAUGUUCAUGAAGGUGAGCCGGCCUCAUCCCAGCGACCACCCUCUCCUGAUCCUCUUCGUGGUGGGCGGGGUCACGGUCUCGGAAGCCAAAAUGAUCAAAGACCUUGUGCCAUCUCUGAAGCCAGGAACCCAGGUAAUCGUGCUGUCCACGCGACUCCUCAAGCCACUUCUCAUCCCUGAGCUGUUAUUUGCUACUGACCGGCUGCAUCCAGACCUUGGCUUCUGAGAGUCGCUGAGAAGAUGAGACCUACCUGCGCUGGAACUCCCAAUGUCACCAUCCAAGAUAGGCCUCCCAAACCUGUCCCUGUUACUAAUCGUGGGUAUGACUCAGUGCUGGCCGAGGGGUCUUGGUAGCCAGGCAGCGAAGUGCUUUGCCAGGAUCGCUGCCAUUCUUAAAAAAAAGUUUUGUUUUGUUUUGUUUUUUCAUUUUUCUAAAAGCAUCAGACUGCCCCUAUCAGCAGGGCUAAUUCAUGCUAAUUCCCCUUUAUCCUUAACCCUCUAUCUGUGAUCGUUCUGAUUCCACCUGCAAGUUCAUUCAUUUCUCAAUAAGUGGAUGUUGAGUGUUGGUAGAUUACAAGCCAUUUGAUCUGCAGUUGCUCAAGGAGAGGUUAGACAUGCUUUAGAAUCGUGAGUGUGAGGAAAGUUUGUCUUUUUUAGAUUAUAGAGCUGAGGAGGGAACACUGCCAAUAGGAUCUGAGGCUCUCUUUCUCUCUUGAUCUGAGACAUUUCUGAAAAGGCGAGGAAGGGAGGAGUGGCCAGGGCGGUGCUGAUUGUCUGCCUGUGUUGUAAAUUGCCUGCCCGUACAAAGGGCUGCAUUGUUCCAGUUUGCUUACUGGGCAGGGCUGCCAGCCUGCUUGAAAGAGUAAUGGAGAAAAGUUGAGCGGAAAGUAAUCUCUACCUAUAAAAGGCUUCCUCUCCUCCCAGAGGAAAGCCCCAGUAAAGAUAGAUGGUCCAAGGACCCUACACGGGAACCCCACCCCUGUGACUUUGUGCUUUCCCGUUUCUACUGACAUAGAAAGCUUUCUUUUCUGUGCAUCUAAACUCUUCCUUCUGGCCAGAGCAGAAAACCUAGACCCGCAGAGUGAAAUUAUAUAAGAACUCCAGCAAAAAUGAACUGCCUGGCACCCCCACAUCUGUAGGUGUAUGUUGAUGGACAUUUCUCACCUCUCUAAAAGAUGUUUGUAAUAAAGAGACAAAGCUGCAAACCAGUGGUGAGUGCGGGUUAAACAGGUGGGGAAAUAAAAUGUCAAGCAAAACA